GUCUCUCUGUCCCUCCUCCUUCCGCCCUCUCGUCCCCCAUCUCCUCGUUCUGCCCCUCCGGUAGGGUUGCUCGCUGUCGGCGUUCCGUUCUUUUGCUCUUUGGCCUCCGUAUUCUUGCUGCUCCUGUACAUCUCCGUGCGCGAUGCCUUCCUUCCUGAGCUUUGUUUUCCUGCUGGCCACUCUGCUCGCGAGCCGAGUAUAUGCCCUUGAAAUUCUCGUCGGGGGAUCGGUCGGGAACGUCUCUGCCACCGACUUCCUGACCAUCACCGACUCUUCCGUCGCGAAUACGGUGCGUACGGACAGUCGACUGCAUACUUUCGACGACGACUCAUCCACCGCGCUUGACCAGUGCACCUCCGAAUGUGCACCGGCCAAGAGCGCCAUCGCCGCCUGCACAGACGACACCUGCCUCUGUAACACCACGACGAUCCAGGACGUCGCCACCUGCGAGCAGUGCAUGUUCAACGCGCUCAUCGCCGGCGACCUCCAGAUGACCGACCCGAGGGAGGGCUCCCAGGUCGCCCUCACAGCUUACGGCGCUGCGUGCGGUACUGCCCUCGACACGACGAUCGCUGCGAGCCUGACCACGCUCACUCUCCCGCCCGACUGGGAUGGCCCGUUCGGCCAGGGCCUCUCCCCCGUUGCUACCGGGUUCGUAGUGGCCAUAGCAGCCACCAUGGCAGGCACUUCCAUCUGGAUUCUCUGCUCGAUGUAGGAGACUUGAUGAGUGGUGCAGAGUGUUUCUCGUAGAUGAUCACUGUGGUGCUUUUGUAACUGUUGAUGACGGUGGCUUGUAUUGAUUUGGAUGGUGGACGAGAAAGUAUGCUUGACUUGAGUUUGAGCCUGCAGGACUGAUUGUGUGGUUCACAUCAAUGUCCGAGACGAACACAAUUCUUCCACGACGACU